CCACCCGGCGACCCUCGGCGGCCGGACCCGAGCCCCGCGCGGCUGCAAACUUUGUGCGCGCGGCCCGGCAGGUCGCAGAGUUGCGGUCUGUUGCGGGACCAGGCGGCGGGCGCGGGGACGGGACGGCGCCUCUCUCUGCCCGGUUCCUUGUCCCCGCCGGUGUCGCGAAGCCGCGAGGUGUACGCGAGGGCCGGGUGGGCUACGGGACAAGCAGAACGGGAGGCAGGUCGCGUGUGCCUCCCCCAAAGUUUUCACGGUGCGGGACCAGGGGCGCGCGCUCUGGGCGGCCGCAGGUGGUGGCGCGGUGUGCCCGGGCCAGGUGCGCUGCCCGCGGGCGGCGCUGUAGCGCGGGACGGCCGGGCGGCCCGGGGCUCCGAGCCCGGUCGGAGCCGCGGGGGGCGGGGAGUGUGGCGAGAAAUGGGGAACAAUGAGAGUGAGCAACUUGAGGAAGUCAUUGUGAAAGAAAGCUGGGAAUUGCUCCGCGGCCAACUUAGCAGGGCACUCUAACAAGUGCCUGCGCGGCCGCGCCCGGGCUGGCAACAGCGGCAGCCCGGCGCAGUGCAGCCCAUCCCGGGACACUCGGCCGUGGCAGGCGGAGACCGAGUAGGUCCCGCGGGGUACAGGAACCCCAGAUCCCCGGCUGCUCUUCGCGCCCCAGGAUCAGUCUUGGCCCCCAAAGCGCGGCAUACAAAUCCACAUAAUCUGAACGCAAUGGAUGCUGACGAGGGUCAAGACAUGUCCCAAGUUUCAGGGAAGGAGAGCCCCCCAGUCAGUGACACUCCCGAUGAAGGGGAUGAACCCAUGCCUGUCCCCGAAGACCUCUCCACCAACUCUGGAUCACAGCAGAACUCCAAGAGUGAGCGAGGCAUGGCCAGUAAUGUUAAAGUAGAGACUCAGAGUGAUGAAGAGAAUGGGCGUGCCUGUGAAAUGAAUGGGGAAGAAUGUGCAGAGGAUUUACGAAUGCUUGAUGCCUCAGGAGAGAAAAUGAAUGGCUCCCACAGGGACCAAGGGAGCUCGGCUCUGUCAGGAGUUGGAGGCAUUCGACUUCCUAACGGAAAACUAAAGUGUGAUAUCUGUGGGAUCAUUUGCAUCGGGCCCAAUGUGCUCAUGGUUCACAAAAGAAGUCAUACUGGUGAGCGGCCCUUCCAGUGUAACCAGUGCGGGGCCUCCUUCACCCAGAAGGGCAACCUGCUGCGCCACAUCAAGCUGCACUCGGGCGAGAAGCCUUUCAAGUGCCACCUCUGCAACUAUGCCUGUCGCCGCAGGGAUGCCCUCACCGGCCACCUGAGGACACACUCUGUUGGUAAGCCUCACAAAUGUGGAUAUUGUGGCCGAAGCUAUAAACAGCGAAGCUCUUUAGAGGAACAUAAAGAGCGCUGCCACAACUACUUGGAAAGCAUGGGCCUUCCAGGCACGAUGUACCCAGUCAUUAAGGAGGAAACUAACCACAGUGAGAUGGCCGAAGACCUGUGCAAGAUAGGAGCAGAGAGGUCCCUUGUUCUGGACAGACUGGCAAGCAACGUCGCCAAACGUAAGAGCUCUAUGCCUCAGAAAUUUCUUGGAGACAAGUGUCUGUCAGACAUGCCCUAUGACAGUGCCAGUUAUGAGAAGGAUGGGAUGAUGACAUCUCACGUGAUGGACGAAGCCAUCAACAACGCCAUCACUUACCUGGGGGCUGAGUCCCUGCGCCCGCUGGUGCAGACACCUCCCGGAAGCUCCGAGGUGGUGCCCGUCAUCAACUCCAUGUACCAGCUGCACAAGCCCCCCGCAGACGGCCCCCCACGGCCCAACCACUCGGCGCAGGAUAGCGCCGUGGAGAACUUGCUGCUGCUGUCCAAGGCCAAGUCUGUGUCAUCGGAGCGGGAGGCCUCCCCGAGCAACAGCUGCCAAGACUCCACGGACACCGAGAGCAACGCUGAGGAGCAGCGCAGUGGCCUCAUCUACCUGACCAACCACAUCACCCCGCAUGUGCGCAACGGGCUGGCCCUCAAGGAGGAGCAGCGAGGCUAUGAGGUGCUGAGGGCGGCCUCAGAGAACUCGCAGGAUGCCUUCCGCGUGGUCAGCAUGAGUGGCGAGCAGCUGAAGGUGUACAAGUGCGAACACUGCCGCGUGCUCUUCCUGGAUCACGUCAUGUACACCAUCCACAUGGGCUGCCAUGGCUUCCGGGAUCCUUUUGAGUGUAACAUGUGUGGUUAUCACAGCCAGGACAGGUACGAGUUCUCAUCCCAUAUCACACGGGGGGAGCAUCGCUACCACCUGAACUAAACCGGGCCAGGCCCCACAGAAGCACAAAGAUAGCUGCCUAUGCCUCCCUCCUGGCAGCUGGACUCACAGCGGACAAUGUUGGGUGUGGAUUUGCAGGCAGCAUUUGUACCUUUAAGUUGGUUGAUUGGGAUUUGAUUUGUGUUAGAAGACAAGUUUUUAAUGUUAGAGACAGGAUUGCAUUGCAUCGGGAGCAUUCAGACCAUCCACCCUUCUAGACACGGUUUUGUUGACUGCCAGCUGAGAUUUCCCUUGACCAGUGGCUUUCUGACCCAAACCACCACCACCCAACAGAGCCUGAAUUUUCAGAGAAUUGAAUAAGAGAAUUAUCCAAGAAGGAGCAAAGAGAACCUUUCCCUAAGCAAAGUUUGUGCCCCCAUGGAUUCUCCAAAUCUCCCCAAAACAUCAUAGUCACUGGGGUGGGGCCAUCUCAGGGAGCUCCACAGGUGAGCCCCAAGACCAGAUAGAUCAAAGGCAGCUGGGGAGGAGCAAGGACAGAGCCUGUGUGGAGACCAGGGCAGAAGGCUGAUCUUUUAAAGAUGCUACUAAGUCACAUAAUGAAUGGGAACAUGGCAUCUGGACAAGUGUCAUCUGGGCAAGAAGGGAAGGGGAUUGGAGAGCCUUGUAGACUCCUCUUCAUUGGCCAGAUCACACCCAGCCUCUGGGGGCUUGUCGCCCAGUGAGAUGAGCUCAGCACUCCUGUGGGCAUUUUUGGGGUAGCCCUCUUCCCAAACCUCAUCACUGCAUUUUAGACCCCAGUCCCGAAACUGAGACCUUCCUUUAAACUUCUCACACUGUAAGAUCCCUCCGAAGCCAAAGCUUUCUUCUAAGCCCCAUGCUCAGUUGUCUGGGUUCUGUUCUUCCCUGAACUGUCUGGGAAGUCCAACCCCAUCACUUCAUUCCAGCUGAAUCCCUGUUCUGAUGAUAGCCAUGGACCUGGCUGUCUCAGUCUGGCAACCAUCUUGUCCUGCUCACACUGUGUGUUAUUUUUGUUUGAAAGCCUAUAAAACCAUUAUUCAGAAUGACCAUUUGUAGGAAAUAUAUGAGCCCGGCAUCUCAGUGGCUGAAGCACAGAAUAUUCUUGCUGUUAAACAAAAAUUCUAGAUGGUCUGAAACUCUUCAGCAUUAACACCAGAUACCACGUGUUUUCACAUAAACAGGACAGGAACCAUGCAUCCUUGACCAGGUAAAGGUAUUAGGACAUUGGAAUGUCUGGGGCCACUGUGUGACCAGUUCGGGUUCCCAGAGAGAAAUGCCCAUCAGAUAUCACAGAAAAGAGGCAGGUAAGGUGGUAGAGGUGAGAUCUGGUCCAGCCAAACCAAGACAGGGAUGCCACACUGAAACCAAGUUAGGUAGCUGGAGGUUCUCAACAGGACAGGCCUCUCUCAAGAGUCAGUAUUAAAGUCAUGACGCUCCACCACCUCAAUGAAGCUCUCUGAGGGGAUUCCAAAGAACUGGAAGGGAGAUUGUCUAUAGCAGCACUUGGGUUAAAGCAAGCAUUCUUAGUCAGAGCCCUCCUGAUGCAGGGGGCUUGUCAUUGCUGGUGGAGACUGUUCUAUGAAUUGUAGCUUACCUAGCAGGAUCCCUCGUCACUGUCCAGUAGAUACCAGUAGCAUCCUAGCUGAUACCCAAACCUGUCUCCCAGGUGUUCCCUGGGGGCACACCCACUGAUCUAAAUUCUAAGCUGGUGGAAAGUGUGGGAAAGUUUCCACAAUAAGAAGCACCUGAAGCCUUUCCCAGUCAGCAGCCUCCAGCUGCACUCUUUCUUUGGGAAGUGGAUAAAUUCCGUAUGCGCAUUUGAGAAUACACUUCCUCAACUGCUUCUGAGUUCAGUUGCAGGAAUGAAGUUCGCGGGCGUAGCACUCUUAAGUGUGGAUUCCUCUGCUUCCAGAACAAUGUGGCAUUUUGAAAGUAAAAAUAAAAUUGCGACUAUAAUGAUUUACAGUAAGAAUUUGAGGAACCAGAGCUGUGAGCAACUUUUGUUCAAUAUGCAGUUAUGGAGAAAGGCUGGCCUUACCCAAAUUCAUAUAUUCCAGUGACAGUCUUCCAAGCCUCCAGUUUGUUGGCAGCUCCUGUUCACUAUUGUCCUUAUCCAGGAGAGCCUCAGGGUCAGCUGGUCCAAGGGAGAUGGCUCCAACCCUCACCCCUACCCCUGCCACUGGCAUUCAGAAAUUAAAGAAGAAUUGUAAAUAGUGGCUUCAGGAGCUCUUUUCUAGAAUGCUUCACCCCUUGCUCUCACUGCCUUUUUUUUUUUUAGAUGAUAUGUCUAUUUGCACACCUUUUGUUGUGGUUUUAUAUUGUAACAGCAUUUUUUGAAACUAUUGUAUUUAAGAUAAGGUUUCAUAUUAUGUCCACAAGUAAUUAAAUUAUGUUUGAAGGUGGCUAUAUUCUGUAUCAAACGUUGAUGAUGUUUUUCUUUAGUUGGUAAAGUAGGGUUUUGCAUGACCUCACUUUUUGUUCUGUGGUUUGUUCUGCUGUAUGAUGUAUACCUUCGGUAUCGCUGUGUGAUGAAGUGUGCCAAGAUUCCACGCCCUCGUGUUGUCUUUUAAGAGUAGCUGCCAGAGGCAGGAGGGUUCCUAAGAGCAGGCUGACUUGUUAGUGACAGCUAAGUCACCAUUUCUCAUUCCAUCUCCUCCCUGUUACCGCAGCUUCCUGUCCCAGAUCCCUUCUGUGCUCCAUACCUUAGUGUGUGUGUGUCCUGACGAGAGUCAGGAGCAUUGCUGUGUUACCAUUGCAUUGUCCCGGCACCACUGGCUUCAGAUACCAGCACGUUCUGUUUCCGGUUUAGAAUCGACCACAUAAUAAAAUGUUAGAGCCUUUAUUGAGAAGCAGAGGCACUCAUCAUGGAGAUGGGGGCUUUGUUUUAUGUCUGUGUCUUAGUUUGUGCUCUUUUCUUCUUUUGUUUGUUCUUGAGUGCGUUGUGACUCUUGUAACAUCAUCUUGCCAAAAACAAACUUGAGAUGAACUGGGUUUAUAUAGACAUAUCAUGAUGUAUCAUCUAUUCCUCUCUUCUUCAGUUCCAGCAAUAAGAAUGGAUACACUCUAAAUCCCAGAUCUCCCACAUUUAACAUCCAUGUUUUUCUAUGUUUGCUUGUUUGUUUGCUUACCUUAAAGUGAGCCACAAUUAGACUUGAGAUGUACGGGCAUCAACAAGCAAGAAGCACACGCACAUCUGGUGCUACAGCACUCACCGUGAAUAAGUGUGACCAGAUAUUAAUAUGCAAUAUUGUUUCAAGUCCUUUCUAAUACACUUUUUUACAAUGUUGUGUGUGGUGGUUGUUGAGGUCAAAUCUCUGUGUGUCGCUGCAGCCGCAGCUCUUCACUCCCGACUGGCAGGGGCAUGCAGAGGACUGGAAGUGAGACAAUGGGACCACCUCUGCAGCCCUGGCCCCACUGUGAUGGUAGACGACCUCUGUCUAGCUGAGAACAAGCGAUUUCCACUGGAGGCGUAGAGUAUCCUUUUGUACGCAUUUCGUGUUUUUUUUCUGUAGUGAGAGAACAAAUAAAUUCUACAAACACUC